AUGAAAUUAGGAUAUAAUGAAAUAAUGAUAACAUCAAUGUAUUUUAAUGAUAUUAAUGAUUUUAUUAAUUUAGAAAUGGGAGUUAAAAGAUAUAGAGGAAAUAUUGAACGAUUUCAUUUUAAUCCAAUUCCAUUAAAUGAAUAUUCAAGAAAAUUAUUUACUAAUAUUGAAACAUUUCAUGUUUAUAAUUAUAAUGAUGAAAUAUUUAAUGAUGGAAAAAUAUUUAAAUAUAUAAUAUGGUAUAAAGUAAGUUAUUCAACACAUUUAAAAGAAAAAGAACAAGGAAAUAUCUGUAAAAAUAUAAUAUAUACAAAAGAAGAUAGAAAAUCAUAUGGAAAUACAAUACCAUCAGAAAUUAAAUCGCUUGGAUAUAAAUGUUUUAAUAAUUGUGAUUCAUUAACAUCAAUUGAUAUACCAUCAUCAGUUAGUGAAAUAGGAUGUGAUUGUUUUUAUGAAUGUUCAUCAUUAACAUCAAUUAAUAUAGAUAAUCUACAAUUUAUUAGUGAAAAAAGAAUAUUUAUGAAUGAACCAGUGUUAGUUAGUAUUAAAAUACCAGAUAAUCUACAAAUAAUCAAUGGAAAGAAUAUUUUCAAGAAAGAUAUUAAUGAAUUUAUUAUUCCAUCUUCAAUUACUAAAUUAGGAUAUGAUUGUUUUAAUGGAUGUAAAUCAUUAAAAUCAAUUAAUAUACCAUCAUCAAUUAUUAAAUUAGGAAGUGAUUCUUUUUACGAAUGUUCAUCAUUAACAUCAAUUAAUAUACCAUCAUCAAUUAUUAAAUUAGGAGAUAGAUGUUUUUGUGAAUGUUCAUCAUUAACAUCAAUUAAUAUCCCAUCAUCUGUGAGUGAAAUAGGAAAUUGGUGUUUUGAAGGAUGUAGAUCAUUAACAUCAAUUAAUAUACCAUCAUCAAUUACAUCAUUUGGAGAUGGAUGUUUUUAUAAAUGUGGAUGUGAAGAAGAAUUAAUGAAAAAUGAAACAAUACCAAGAGAUUGUUUUGAUGAAUGGUGA